AUGGAUGAAGGAGAACAAUUAGGUGGUGACUCUUUUGUUAGUGAAGGAUUUUUAAAUUGGAAGAAGAAAGACAGACUUCAAAUUCAUGUUGGAGGGCCAAAUAGUGCCCACAACCAAGCUUGGAAUCAAUAUGAAGCUUUAAAGAAUCAAAAUCAACACAUUCAAACAAUAAUUGUCAAGCAAUCAGACCAGACUCGAAUUGAUUAUCGAAAGCGUUUGACUGCAUCAAUUGAUUGCAUUCGGUACUUGUUAGAACAAGGGCUUGCAUUUCGUGGUCAUGAUGAAUCUGAGCAUUCAAGUAAUCAAGGAAAUUUCUUCCAGCUUUUAAAGUUUCUUGCUAAUCAUAAUGAGGAUGUUAAAUCAGAUAUUGUGAAUGUUGUUGCCAUUGAAACUAUUAACGUUAUUAGUAGUGAUAUUGGAGAUGAACUAUUUUCUAUCAUGAUUGAUGAAUCUCGUGACAUAUCAACAAAAGAACAAAUGGCUGUUGUAUUUCGUUAUAUGGAUAUGGAUGGUAAUGUAAUUGAACAUUUUAUAGUUGUGGAACAUGUUACAAGUACCACUGCUCUUUCACUUAAGAUGGCAAUUGAUGAACUAUUUUGUAAGCAUGAACUGAGUAUAACUAGAUUGCGCGGGCAAGGAUAUGAUGGAGCUAGUAAUAUGCAAGGUGAAUUUAAUGGUCUUAAAACACUAAUUUUAAAGGAAAAUAAAUGUGCUUUUUAUGUCCAUUGUUUUGCUCAUCAACUACAGUUGGCUCUUGUGAAAGUUGCAAAAAGUCAUGUUGAUGUCACUACUUUUUUUAGCUAUGUUGCUAAUGUUGUCAAUGUUGUUGGGGCUUCAUGUAAACGUCGUGAUAUUCUUCAUGAAAAACAAGCUACCAUGGUUAUUGAAGCACUCAAUAAUGGUGAAAUUGAAAGUGGACGGGGUCUUAAUCAGAAUACCAUUUUGAAGCGUGCUAGUGAUACACGUUGGGGCUCUCACUAUGAUACUUUAAUCAGCUUGAUUUCCAUGUUCUCAUCUGUUAUUGAUGUGCUUGAGAUAAUUAUAGAUGAUGGAUCAUAUGUUGAACAGAGAUCUGAAGCAAAAAUUUUAUUGACACUCAUGCAAUCAUUCGGUUUUGUCUUUACUCUCCAUUUAAUGAGGGUUGUAUUAGGAGUUACAAAUGAAUUGUCAAAGGCGCUGCAAAAGAAAAAUCAAGACAUUGUAAAUGCUAUGUCCUUGAUUAAAGUAUACAAGAAAGAACUUCAAAUGAUGAGAGAGAAUGGUUGGGAUUCUUUACUCGAUCAAGUUUCUUCUUUUUGUGAAAAAUAUGGUAUUGAAGUUCCCAACAUGAAUGAUACACUUGUAACUCCAGGGCGAUCACGACGUAAAGCUAAUGAAAUCACCAAUUUGCAUUACUAUCAUGUGCAAUUGUUCUAUGCUGUGUUGGACAUGCAACUUCAAGAGCUGAAUAGUCGUUUCAGUGAGUCAAACACUGAGUUGCUUAUUUGUAUAUCGUGUUUGUGUCCAGAUGAUUCAUUUGCUUCUUUUGACAAAGAAAACUAA